UGGACCCAGGCUGGGAAGACUUGGCUAGAGAGGCUCGGGGGGGGCGCGCCUGCUGCUUGCUUCUGGCGCCGCCCUGGUGGUGGGAGGAUUAGAGCCCAGGUUCCACCCUACGUCAUCUCCCAAAUGCCUUAAUAUAACGCUGGGGUCACCAUCUCCAAGAAGGAACCGGGAGAGCAUCCGUGACACGAUAGAAAAAACGGCUUUAGUUCUAGAACCUCUCGUCUCUUAGCAACGAGACUAUAGAACCUCCGCAAACAUUUAGGGGGGAAUGGCAGCCACACCUGCCAGGAAUGGGGAGAAAAUGGACAGCUGGUCAUCUCAAGCUGUGGCCUCCUUCAGCGGGGGGCAGAGAGCCUCUCUAUCCCGCUCUGAAGAAUUCCUGACCCGGAUCAGCACAGAGCUGACGGAUGAAGCGCUGUUCAUUGCUCGCUCCCACGUGAACCCUGUGCCCACCAAGGAAAAGCAGACAAAAGACCAAGGGACUCAGAUAUCUAGACAUGUGUUCUUCAGCAAGACCCGAGGUACAGACACCCGCUCUGACAGAAAUCGCACUCGCACCAAGGCACACCUUCUGCCAUCUCCUCGUGAAAAGGGAGCACUCCCCAACAGCCUGACAACUGGAGGAUGAGCCCACCCCUCCCUAGAGCUGCUUUCUCGGCUGGCUGCCCUCCCCGCUGUGUUCCUCAGUGAAAGCCUCAAAUCUCCUCUUUUGCAACUGGCUAAAUACUUCAUCUUGAUAGGAACUCCAGGUCAUAAGCAAUACCACCUUUGAAACCAGCUCUUACGGGACUCUCCACCCUCCGCGGGCAAGCAGCGUACUACUGAGGAGAAAUGGUUUUAAUAAAGAGCCAGGGAAUCUUCCCUUCCCCAAAAUGUUGGCAGUGUUCUGGAGGGGGCAUGC